AUGAAUACCGUUCGAGCGACACUCCCCGACCCCAGAUUUUCUCCAACUCUUUCAGCCGACAUUCCGCGGCCUCCCCACACUUUCUCUCCUUCUACACCCAACCCUCGAGAUACAGUGAUCAUGCCAGAGACUGCCGAUAGAUCCGGUAAAGAGCGCAAACGGCCGGCUCCUCGUGGCACUGCCUUUUACCCCCGCAAAAGAGCGAACACUGCGUGCCAGGUGUGCCGAUCCCGGAAGACCAAAUGCGACAAUCGCAAGCCCAGCUGCUCGUACUGUCUCAGUGUCGGCGCUGUCUGCAAUCAAUCACCGGUGGACCUGUCGAGUUUUGACCCUGCUAGUCUCAAGAUACUUGAGCGUCUCGAUGAGCUAGAACAGGUUGUGCGGGAGCAGCACUUGGAGACGACUUGGAGGACGAGGGCAGCUGUCGUCACUGAGAACGCCAACAGUCUCGGGCAACCUGCUGCUUUACCACCAGGAGGAGAAGCCAAAGAAGCCCGGCUGCUGAGCAUCUCGCCAGAGUCACCAGAUCGGUUACUACGCCUGCCGGUAUUCGGCCGCCGGUCCCUUCCAGAGGGGCCUUUGGCCGAGGGCCCGCCCAGAGAACUACCGGUUUCUCGGGAGCAACAGCGUCAAUUUGUUGGGUUUGACACUUCUUUGCCCGGUGGCGUCAGUGCCCUGCUUGAUAACUUCUUUGAAUACGUCCAUUGCAAAAAUCCGGUAUUGGAGGAGGCUUGGACAAGACGGCUUGUGUUGUCCGUUGCACUUGAAGGCGCAGACUCGUCAGCAAGCUCCUGUCUAGCACUACUCGUUUGUGCGCUGGGAAGGAUCGCGGCGCCAUUCGGAGUUGAUACAGCAGCAACACAGGAUACAGGUCCAGGUAGUGCUGCCUACGCCGAAUCCCAGGCUCUCUUCCAAGCUGCGCAGCGUCGCGUUGGCGUCUUGAUCGUGACCGCCAGAGAAGAGGAUAGCCUUAUAGCGCCGCAGUGUCUCCUUCUUUCCGGGCUUUACAUGAUGUGCGUAUUUCAGCCAUUCUCAGCUUGGCAGUUCUUCAUGCAAGCUCUAGGCGCUAGUCAGAGGUUUACCUUUCUGCGGCGCAUGUAUGCCGGCUAUGAGCACAAUGGCAUCGAGGCUGUCCAUAGUGCCGCCACAGCUAGUCGUGGCUGGCAAGAACAGGCCGUCUAUUGGUCGGCCUGGAAGUCAGAGCGCGAGCUGCGUCGCUUUCUCUGCCUACCCGACUUUCCAGCAGCCGGCGAGAAUGGCCGUCUUUACCCACCAAUGUUCCCAACGCCCCCAGCUGUUGUCUCAGACAAUUCAGCCGAUGAACAGCGCCAGCGCUCGUCGUGGCUUUUCUACUUAGCCGAGAUCUCACUCCGGCGCUUGCUGAACAGGGUAAGUGGAGAGAUCUCAGCUUUGUAUAGUACGACUACCUUAGGGACCCAGGGCAGUGUGGAGCCGUCCUCUACAGGCGACGAGGUAAAUCUCGCAUUUCUUACACAGCUCGCUGCUCUCGUGCGAGAGUACGAAGAGCAGGGCCGUCAAUGGGCGGCUAGUCUACCUGUUGAGCUCUCGUUGGACUCACCGGCCGAGUAUGACAAUGUGUGCCGCUUUGUGUUGCGUGGGCAUUAUGCGGAGUACCGCGAGAUUCUCUACUGGCCUUUCCUGGCUUACUGCUUGGGCUGCUACUCUCCAGUUGCCGACCUCGUUCAGCUACCACCUCAAUCCACUUCACCACUGUCGCAAGCUGCGAGUCCGGCGCAACACAUGCCUUCGCCUAGUGCUACCCAGCAGACCUAUAUCAAUCAACUCGCUGCCGAAUGUCUAGAAAUCCAGAGCUUACGCAUACACAUCAACAAGCCAGGUUUCCGCCAUCGGCACCACGGCACUUUGUUCCUGAUCUAUGGCUGCGUACGCAGUGCUCUGACCCUUCUGGCUGCCGCACCGACGGGCCUUCAGAUGCCUCGAGGGUGGCAGAACGAUGUCGCAUGUGUCCCUGGCGACUUACUCCCCUCCUGGCAGGUUGAAAUGCCGUGGUUCGCAUCAUGGCAAAAAUUUCUGUUUGAGAUAUUAGAUCAAUUGUGA